AUGUGGUGCGAAUUAGUAGGAGCAAUAACAAUUAUUUACUAUCUUUUUUAUCUAAUAUUUCCUUGGUUCAUCGACUGCGAUGUGCAAUUAUACUUAAAAGAAAAAUUUGGCCAGCCAAUAUAUGUAUUAAGAGGAAAAGUUGUUUGGAUCACCGGUUCCUCAAGUGGAAUUGGAGAACAUCUAGCAUAUGAACUUGCAAAAGUUAAUUGUAAAUUAAUAUUAUCAGCACGUCGAGAAGAAGAGCUGAUAAGAGUUAAGCAACAAUGCUUGAAAAUAAAUCCAAGUUUGCAAGAUAGUGAUGUAGAAGUUUUUAAAUUUGACGUUUGUGAUUAUGACAGCCAUGAAAAGUCUUUAGGUUAUAUUAUUAAAAAAUUCGGCGAGUUGGAUAUUUUGGUAAAUAAUGCAGGAAGAUCACAAAGAGCUACUUGGGAAAAAAUAGACAUAAAAGUAGACAAAGAUUUAUUUGACUUAAAUGUCUUUUCAGCAAUAAAUUUAAGCCGAUUAGCUUAUCGCUACUUUGCAGAAGUUGGAUCUGGACAUUUAGUUGUAACUUCAAGCUUAGCUGGAAUUUUAGGAGUCCCAUUUUCAGGAUCUUACACUGGAUCUAAACAUGCUUUACAUGGUUACUUCGAGAGUCUGAGAGGCGAAAAAAUGAACCUGAAUAUACCGAUAACAAUGGUAUGUCCCGGAGCAAUAAGCACUCCAUUUUUGCCCCACAGUUUCACUGAGACUCACGGAGAAGAGUUUGGUGAAAAAACAGAUGUAAAUGCGUCGAAUAAACUAACUCCUGAACGAUGUGGGUAUUUGAUGGCGGUAGCUAUUGCUAAUCGUCUCAAUGAAUGCUGGAUUUCCAAAGCUGGUGCGCUGCAAAUCACUUACUUGAUUAGAUACUAUCCAAAUCUAGCUGAAGUGAUAUUAACAAAAUUAGGACCGAAAUUUUUCCAACGUCUCCGUGACAACAAAGUGACAGUAGAUACAAAAUAG